UGAGGUUGUAGUUUGCUGCUACUUUGAAACCGCUCACACGCUCAAAAGAUUAAAAACCAAAGCUUUUCAAAUCUCUGCAAUUGAUCGAAGGGAAAGGUGGUUUGGUAGGAGAAGAUGAGCGUCAUCGAAAUCUUGACAAGAGUAGAUGCGAUCUGCCAAAAGUACGACCAAUACGACGUCGAAAAGCAGAAGGAUCUCAAUGUCUCCGGCGACGACGCCUUUGCUCGCCUCUACGCCUCCGUCGAAUCCGACAUUGAAGCCGCCCUCCAGAAAGCGGAGACUGCUUCGAAAGAGAAAAAUAGGGCAUCUGCUGUUGCACUGAAUGCUGAGAUUCGUAGGAUCAAGGCUCGAUUACUCGAGGAGGUUCCCAAAUUGCAGAGAUUGGCUCUAAAGAAGGUUAAAGGGCUUUCAUCCCAAGAUUUUGCUGCUCGUAAUGAUUUGGUCCUUGCAUUGCCAGAUAGGAUCCAGGACAUCCCAGAUGGGACUCCAGCUGCACCCAAACAAACUGGAGGUGGUUGGGCAGCUUCAGCUUCUCGUACGGAAAUCAAAUUCGAUUCUGAGGGACGGUUUGAUAAUGAAUUCUUCCAACAGUCUGAGUCGUCGAGUAAUUUCAGGCAAGAGUAUGAAAUGCGGAAAAUGAAGCAGGAUCAAGGUUUGGAUGUGAUAUCAGAUGGUUUGGAUACCUUGAAAAAUAUGGCUCAGGAUAUGAACGAGGAAUUCGAUAGGCAAGUUCCUUUGAUGGAUGAGAUUGACUCUAAGGUGGACAAGGCAUCUGCGGACCUUAAGAAUACCAAUGUUAGACUGAAGGACACAGUCAACCAGCUGAGGUCCAGCCGAAAUUUCUGUAUUGAUAUUGUAUUGCUGUGUAUAAUUUUGGGCAUCGCUGGGUAUUUGUACAAUGUACUGAAGAAGUGAGGGAGGUGGUAUAAAGGGUGGUUUGAUCAGUUCGAGAGUAUUAUCGGCUUGUCGGUUAUCGUUUUGCAUUUUGAGGCUCACUUUGGUACUUGAUGCAUGUUAUUUGAUUGUUCAUUUCAUGUUCAAGAGUGCCUAUCAUACUACCAUGAAUGUAUUUCUUUUGUACUUGUCCAGUUCAUCAUCAGUCUUGUCUGUAUUAGUAUACUUAAUGUGAAGUUGAUUGUGUCCUCUAAUUUCCGUUUAUUGCUAAUCUACGAGGCUGUGUUUGAAUUCAUCAAAUUGUUAGAAACUUUGUUGACCAACUGUAUUGACUACUUCCCUUCGAUCUUAUACGAAUCUUCUCAUGGAAUUGGGUUGUUCA